AGUCCCUGCGGUGCGCCCGGAACUUUUAUGAAAAUGUUCCCGGGGCAUAGGAUUCUUGCUCUGCAGUGGAGGAAACUGAGGCCCAGGGAGGCUGACCAACGUGACCAAGGUCACACAGCUGCUGGGUGGCAGAUUGACCAGGGUUGGAAUCCGGUUCUCAGAUUACUGUGUGGUUCCUCCUCUGUCAGGCCUCCGUGCCUCUUUCCUGCGGCCCAGUGGGUGCUAGGCCUGGUUAGUUCCAUCACAUGCCCCUGCAAAGAAUUUUAUUUUGGGGAAGGCCAGGAAAAUGUAGGAUGCAAAGCAGUGGUUUGGAAAUAAGUCUAAGUGCCUUAGCGCUGCAGUGUAGGUAACUGGCAGCUAAUUUAUAUGGAGAGUAGUCGCAGGAGAAAGCAGAUGUCAACCCCAUGUUUGACCACCAAACAGGAAACUUGAGCUAAAAAACCCGGCAGAUUAACUCAAGAGAGUUUUUUAGCACCCAAUAGUAUCCCCAGGAUAGUAGGAGUAUUUUGGAAAAGAUGAGAACUUGUAACAGUUUUUUUUUUAAUCUGAGGAAUGGCAUGAUGAUUGUGAAAUUUACUAUUUAUCUGCUUUUCUAUAAUUUGGGUCCUAUGAAUUAAAGUAAGCAAUUGAGGAAUGGGUAGUAAUUGAGAAAUAAACACACACUCCACCACCCCCCCCCGAAUGUUGGAAGAACUAAGAGUUUGUUUUAUGGUUCUGUAUUUUGAUAAUUCUUCAUAUUUGUCAACAUUUGUCUUAUUAUCCAGCCUUUUUGUUUAUGGAUGUGUGUUUUGGAGCUUUUCUUCCUGUUUGUAUGUAGGGCUGUGUAGUGUUGUGGAGCUGGGCCUGGCCAGAGCCUUGAACCUGAACUUCGUGGGUCGUGCCCGAACCUUGAACCGAACUUAGCUCUGCCUGAGCUUGCUGGAGGCCCCUGCGCAAGUGUGCUCCCCAUCUCAGACUCAAACCAUGAAUUACGUGGGGCAGUUGGCAGGCCAGGUGUUUGUCACCGUGAAGGAACUCUACAAGGGGCUGAACCCGGCCACCCUGUCUGGAUGUAUCGACAUCAUCGUUGUCCGCCAGCCCAACGGGAGCCUGCAGUGCUCCCCUUUCCACGUGCGCUUUGGGAAGAUGGGGGUCCUGCGUUCCCGAGAGAAAGUGGUUGACAUAGAAAUCAACGGGGAAUCCGUGGAUUUGCACAUGAAAUUGGGAGAUAAUGGAGAAGCAUUUUUUGUUCAAGAGACUGAUAAUGAUCAGGAAGUGAUCCCCAUGUACCUGGCCACCUCCCCUAUCCUGUCAGAGGGAGGGUCGCGCAUGGAGUGUCAGCUGAAAAGGAGCUCUGUAGACAGGAUCAGAAACCUGGACCCCAGCGCAUCAGCCCAGGCCUUACCUCCCAGUGAGGCCCCUUUGAGCGGCUCUUUAGUGAAGAAGAGAAGGAAAAGGAGGAGAAAGUCCCAGCUUGACACCCUGAAAAGAGACGACAACAUGAACACCUCUGAGGAUGAGGACAUGUUUCCCAUAGAGAUGAGCUCGGACGACCAGGCCGACCCGCUGGACGGCAGUAGAACUCUUCCUAACGAUAUACCUGCAUUCCAAGAUGUUUCUAAAGAAAGCCCUUCCCCCAUCAUGACUUACCCUCAGUCAGCAUCGUACCCUAAUUCUGAUAGAGAGUGGUCACCCAGCGCCAGUAGCCCGAUAGAUUGCCAAAGGACUGCCCCCCGCUUGGUGGUUGCGGCCGAGGGAGGCCUUUCUAGCUCUUGCCCUCCACAGUCUUCCCACUUCCAUGCUUCGGAAAGUCCUUCAGGUUCUCGACCUUCAACACCUAAAAGCGAUUCAGAAUUGGUCAGUAAGGCCACCGAUAGGACGAUGCAGAAGAAUAACCUAGAAAUGCUUUGGCUUUGGGGAGAAUUGCCACAGGCAGCAAAGUCCUCUCCACACAAGAUGAAAGACUGCAGCCCGUUAAACAGUAGAAAAAUCUGUGAAAAGAUGCACUUUCAGACCAUCCAGAGUGAGUCUUCAGAUGCAUUUAGUGACCAGUCGCCAACCCUGGCCAGGCCUCCCGUGCUGCCCGUUCCAGAGUCGGGCAGGCCUCCCACGGAGAUGCAGUUGGUGAACGAAGAAGAUGUCGAGGCCUUGGGGGCGGCAGCCCCGCCUUUACCUACGAUCGAAGAACCCAAAUCCCUCUCUGCCAGCGUAGCCCCGACGGCAAGCAAGACAGAUUCUCCUUCCAGGAAAAAAGACAAACGAAGCAGGCAUCUUGGUGCUGAUGGCGUCUACUUGGAUGACCUCACAGAUAUGGAUCCUGAAGUGGCUGCCCUGUAUUUUCCCAAAAACGGAGAUCCUUCUGGACUCUCCAAACACGCCAGCGACAACGGGGCCCGGUCUGCCAACCAGUCCCCGCAGUCCGUGGGCAGCUCUGGCAUCGACAGCGGCGUGGAGAGCACGUCGGACAGCCUGAGGGACCUGCCAUCCAUCGCCAUCUCCCUGUGCGGGGGCCUCAGCGACAAUCGGGAGAUAACCAAAGAUGCAUUUCUGGAACAAGCCGUGUCGUAUCAACAGUUUGUGGACAACCCGGCUCUCAUUGAUGACCCCAAUCUUGUGGUGAAGAUCGGGAAUAAGUAUUAUAACUGGACGACGGCCGCGCCUCUGCUCCUGGCAAUGCAGGCCUUCCAGAAACCCUUGCCAAAGGCUACUGUGGAAUCUAUCAUGAGGGAUAAGAUGCCCAGAAAGGGAGGAAGAUGGUGGUUUUCAUGGAGGGGAAGAAAUACCACAAUCAAAGAGGAAAGUAAGCCGGAGCAGGGCUUGGCUGGAAAGAGCCACAGCACCGGGGAGCAGCCGUCGGCGCUCAGCACGGCCACCAGAAUAAAGCAUGAAUCAUCCUCCAGUGAUGAAGAGCACGCAGCUGCCAAGCCAUCAAGUGCAAGCCACCUCCCUCUGUUGUCCAAUGUCAGCUACAGGAAGACCCUCCGGCUCACUUCAGAGCAACUGAAAAGCUUGAAGUUGAAGAAUGGCCCCAACGACGUGGUGUUCAGCGUGACUACACAGUACCAAGGCACAUGUCGCUGCGAAGGCACCAUCUAUCUGUGGAACUGGGACGACAAAGUCAUCAUCUCAGACAUCGAUGGGACCAUCACCAGAUCAGAUACUCUUGGCCACAUUCUGCCCACCCUGGGCAAGGAUUGGACCCACCAGGGCAUCGCUAAGCUGUACCAUAAAGUGAGCCAAAAUGGCUAUAAAUUUCUCUACUGUUCUGCGCGGGCCAUCGGGAUGGCCGACAUGACGAGGGGCUACCUGCACUGGGUCAACGAGAGGGGCACGGUGCUGCCUCAGGGGCCCCUGCUCCUGAGCCCAAGCAGUCUCUUUUCGGCCUUGCACAGAGAAGUGAUUGAGAAGAAGCCGGAGAAGUUUAAAGUCCAGUGUUUGACAGACAUCAAAAACCUGUUUUUUCCAAACACAGAGCCCUUUUAUGCUGCUUUUGGAAACCGACCGGCUGAUGUGUAUUCAUAUAAGCAAGUAGGAGUGUCUUUGAACAGAAUAUUUACUGUCAAUCCCAAAGGAGAGCUUGUACAGGAACAUGCAAAGACCAACAUCUCCUCCUACGUGAGACUCUGCGAAGUGGUUGACCACGUUUUCCCAUUGCUGAAAAGAAGCCAUUCUUCAGACUUCCCCUGCUCAGAUACCUUCAGUAAUUUCACCUUUUGGAGAGAGCCACUGCCACCUUUUGAAAACCAGGAUGUUCAUUCUUCCUCAGCAUAAAAUGUUGCAAGCAACCUCCUGACAUCAUGUGAAGACCAGCACCCCCGAUUAAAGGCCAGGUUUUGGGAGCCACGGAGCAGGAGCUCGGGAGCCUGAUUGAUGUGCGGUCAUUUGCUUAACGACUGAGCCACCCAGGUGCCCUAACGGUCAUUUGCUUAAGAGCAGAGAAAUCUGAGGGGACUUUCUCUCACUUCCCCGUGGCCCCCAGGGGUGGACAUUUCUUAGUGAAAUACGAAGCGUGUACUUUAUAGACGAGGCGUUGGGUGCACUCAGAGCGGGAAGGCAUCCCUUGGUGGUGGCUUCGAGCCAGUUGCCACGCUGCCCUGCCCCGUCCACUCUUGCGGUCCUUUACCGGUUCCUGGGCAGAGGUGGCCGCCAGGGGGUCCCCGCCGAUGACCGUUCGGUUGAGGCACGCCAGAUGCACGGGACUUUGGUAGAGGAGGGGCCCAUUUCCAUCCGUGGCGGCGUGUGCUGAGGGGCCCGAGACGUGCCUCUGCGGGGUCUCCACCCUCACUGUGCUGGCUCGGCCCGGGGUGUCUCCCUGUAGUAUUCGCCGACAGGGCUGAUGGUGAGGCCAUAAAUUCUUUAAUUCCUUUGAUUAAAGAUAACCUAGAUAGUUGGUAUAUUUCCCCCCAUUUUUGUGGCCCAAGGCUGGAAUAUCUAUGCCUUAAUGCAUCUGUGGCAGGCCUUUUAUUUAGAAUGUGCUUUGUCCAGCUCUCUGUAACUUUGCAAUGCCUUAAAUUCAGAUUAUAGUAAGCAUUCCUAGGGCAGCAUUGGAAUGAGCUCCACACUCUGCCAGCCCCCUUCUCCAGCCGCGUGGUGCUGUAAACGUGGGUUCGAACAGAGCUCACGCCAUGUGGUGGUGAUGUCGAUUUCUCUUGGGAGCUCUCGAAAGAAACUAGGUGGUUUUACGAAAAUCGCUUCAAGAUGUUAUGUUCUUUGUAGAUACUCUUAUUUAUUACUUUACUCUGAUUGGGUUAUUGUUAUGAGCAUUUUAGCCAUAGUCUUUCUAUUAUAACUGUCAUGAAUACAUUAAAACGAUAGAGAUGUUAGACUAUCCAAAGAGCCUUAUUCUGUAUAUCUCAUAACACUGACCUUCUUUCGGAGCUUAUGGGUAAUACUUUUUAUUUUCCUUCGCUUUUCCUGCUCGAGUUAAGGGCAAGUGGAUAAGUAAUAAUUCGAGUGACAUUCUUUACGUUGGCAGAAGAUGAUUCCUUUCCUUGUUUAUAAAAUUGGCUUCUGGAGAGAAUAAUUUGAAAAGUGAAAGAACUAUUUUGGUAAAAGAUUUUGCUUUACUUUUUGAAGUAUUAUUUUUUUAAAGAGUGUUUUACUCCAAUGAUUGCAAAUCCUUUCCUAUUUAAAUCGCCUUGUUAGAGUCAGAACCUGCAACAGUUGAAUGAAAUUUUACUCUUUCUGUGAAAGAAAAUCCAGAGGUGUUGCCUUCCUUGCAGCUGCUGGGCUCCGUUAGUGAGGGGUGCCUUCACGGAACUGUCUGCCUGGCGCGACGGAGAAAGGCAAACAUACGUGUGUUGUCGGUCACAGACUUGCCUAGAAUCGGAACGUGCAUGCACAGAUUCCCUUUUGGAGGCAUUAAAAAUAAUUAAAAAUAGUUCUGCCUUAACUACUCUGGGCUUAUUCAUUAGUGACUUUUAGAGGCUGCAUUAAUUCUGUCAUGAGGGUAUUUCGGGGUGAACUUGAAGUGUUGUGAACUAAGCAUAAGGUCACAUGCCUGCAGAGGCUGACACAGUUUGUCCCCUGCACUGGGGAGGAUCCGGCUUUGAGGAGGGGUGGUGUGUCCCACGUCGUGCCAUCCUGCCUACCCUUCAUCAGGACGACCAGCGGCAGUCACUCUCCACGUGGACGUCGGAGAGCUUGCAGCCCUGCAUUCCUAGUUUUGACAUACCUUACACCUCCGCACCGCUGCACUCCGAAACAGAGCAUGCCCUCCAGGAGGUGACACGCUCAGAUGUGUGUCCCCUCCAGCGUGUGACCCCUGGAGGGGCUGUAACAUUCACACCUGCCUUGUGGUUUCCGAAAAUGAGAUUUGUACGUGGCUGCACUCAUGCAUCUAUCAGCUGGUUUUUCUGUAUUUACACACUUACUACCCAGUAACCCUGUGGUCAUGCUGCGUCUGGACCAAACAUUUCACAGUUGCCCUGUGGAGAUGAGUCCCUCCACAUGGCAUCAUCAGAUGAUCAUCCCGUGUGACGAGGGGAAACACACAUACCUGGUACAUGGACAAAUGAUUACACCUUCACAGGGAAACUCCCUUUUCACUUCUAGGUUGAGAUCACCGCUUUCAAUAUAUUUAAUUUACGACACUUGGUCUGUAUUUGUGUAUGCUGGCACGAUGAUCCCAAUCACUGUAAGCCCUACGGUGUCGUGCUGGCUGCAGAGCUAGAAAACAUUGUAAUAAAGGAGAUGGAUGAGCCAUUUCUCUGGAAAUCAGGCGUGUGAAUUUUAAAGUUUUUUGGUAAGUUAUUAAGUUUCUUUCUGGUGUGUGAUAUCAAACAUUUUUAUUCUCUACUCAAAAAAUCCUUAAGGCUAUGAACUGUUUAUUAUUUGGAAUAAAAGAGCCAGUCUUUUC